CUCGACGAUGUGAAUAUGCGACAUGACAAUACGAGACAGCACACGGUGUUGGCAUGGGUGUUUACCGCCCGGACGAAGGUCUCCAUAAGCCAGGGAUCAUUGAUAAACCACAGCAUUUAUUCCCACCAUGUUGGCAAUCAAGGAUCAAGAUGGAGAGCUCUGCUCGACAUCAUCUACUCCGCUGCGUUUUCCGCCGUACGCGUUGUUCGCACACCUCGGUUUCGGCUUUCUGUCAAGAAGGGAAAUUUCUUAGAGCAUAAUCCAACCAGAAUCUGUUUGCCCAUACGCCAUGCCGCUAGCCAAUGGCGAUGCGAAGCUUGAGCCCGGAUGGAGCCUGAGUGUGACAGAUAACUCGGAAUCGGAUAGGACAAGCGGUUCUCAGGUGCCCAACAAUGAGCCACCAUCAGAGAGGAGAGUCUCAGCAACAGCUCCUGUUGGCCAAGCCCCUGAUGGCGGGAUGGCCGCUUGGCUGGUGGUUCUGGGGGCAUGGUGUGCUCUGUUCUGUACCGCAGGAUGGGUCAACAGUAUUGGCGUUUUCCAAGAGCAUUAUCAAACGGAAAUGUUCAGCGCCUAUGAUCCAAGCACCAUUGCGUGGAUACCUUCGCUGCAGGUAUUCUUUCUGUACGGCAUGGGCCCCAUAGUGGGUGCAAUCUACGACAAGUUUGGGCAAAGAUGGCUGGUUUUCCUUGGCAGCAUCCUUCAUGUACUGGGCCUCAUGAUGGCGAGCAUCGGUACCGAGUAUUACCAUAUCCUUCUUGCUCAGGGCUUUUGUUCGGCUCUCGGCGUGUCCAUGAUAUUUCAGCCAGCCCUGAAUUGCGUUCAUGGAUGGUUCAGCAGCAGACGAAGCACUGCAUUCGGCAUUGUUAUGACGGGGGCUAGCGUUGGUGGUAUCAUCCUACCCAUCAUGCUCACCCGUCUCAUUCACGAUCUCGGAUUCGCCUGGUCAAUGCGCAUCUCUGCGUUUUCCAUGCUGGCCCUCCUUGGUAUCGCCAACCUCACCGUCCGGACCCAUGAUCCCUCAGCAACACGGCCGACUCCCGCCAAGUCUGCAUAUCUAAGGCCGUUCGCCGAACCCGAGUUUGUUCUUGUUGCCUUUGGGUUUCUCUGUUUGACGUAUGGCAUCUUCGUGCCCAUCGACUUCCUGCCAGCCUCUGCCCUUCACGCCGGCAUGACUCGUGGCCUGUCCCAGGACCUGGUACCCAUUUUUAACGCCGGCUCUCUGGUGGGACGCCUUGCGGGAGGGUACAUUGGAGACCGAAUUGGAUGCUUCAACGCCUUCACCGGAACCUGUUUGCUCACCGGCGUCUGGAUUCUGGCCCUCUGGAUCCCCGCCGCGAGCGACGCGGCCAUUGUCGCAUUCGCAAUUCUCUUUGGCUCCUUCUCGGGCGGAUAUGCAUCGCUUCUGUCGCCCGUCAUGGCUCAGAUAUCGCCUAUGUCGGAGAUUGGGUUUCGGACAGGCAUUGUUCUCUUUAUGGCGUCCAUCGGCGGGCUGACAACCAACCCGAUUAGUGGGGCCAUCCUGAAUGGGGAGGACAGUGGGUGGCUUGGGGUCAAAAUCUUCGCCGGCGUCUUUGCUAUGCUUGGAACCUUUCUGUUCUGUGUUGCUGCAGCAAGAGUCCGCCGGCCUGGGUGGGAGAAGCCGAUUGUUGGCUAAACAUGUACCUAGUUGUACAGGAACGUUGCAUACCUACCUAGCCAAAGGGACAGGACCUGAAUUCUUUCGUGAAGUCGCAUUUAAAGAGCAGCCA